AAAAAACAAAAAGGAGUGGGGUUUUUUUUCCCGGAACUAUCAGCCGCACCCAUUUUUUUUUCUUUCCUUGGAUUUUGUGAAGUCAGCCGCAGAUCAAUUCUAUUCAUUUGAAGCACAUCAGAUUAGUCGCACCAGGUUUUCUUUCAUUUUAGUUACAAGCAACCGCAGGGAAGGAAUUCUUUCUGUUCGUUUCUGGAAUUAGCCGCAACAAGUACUUCUUUUCUUCUCUAGUAGAAUAGCCGCAGCAGCAAGAAAUGCAUCAGCUUCACUUUUCUCUAAUUUCUUCCAAUUCAAUUUAGCUUUUGAACAAGAAUUGUAAGUGUUAGCCGUUUUUACAUUACUAUCUCUUAAUUUUGAAUUGAACUUCGAAUUUAUUUAUCUCCAACAUAUAAUUUCAGUUUUUUUCCACCAUUAAAUAGUCAUAUUCCAGUUUUUUGCUAGCUCCGUAUCAUGUGUAUCAAUAUUAGUGUGAUGUUAAUUUUAAUUAUGAGUAGCUAAUUCCAUAUAGGGUUUGAAUUGGGGCUAGGGUUCAUGGGCUCUUGAGGGUGUGAAUUUAGUUUUUGAAAUUCAAUGAAUUUUCUGGAAAAUUGUAUAAGAUUACUUUUAAUUGUCUAUAUGAAUUUGAUCGCGCUCAUAUAUGAAUGUUUGGAUUUAAUUCAAUUCUUGUCUAUGGAAUUUGCGUUAAAUUAGCUUGGAUCUUAUACAAGCAAUCUGAUCUUAGAAAUAAGUUAAGAUUGUGAUAAUUUGAUUUAAUUCUUGUCUAGGAGAAUUUAUUUCAUUUUCUUUCCAGGAAUAAUUAAAAAUUAAUUUACUUAAUUCUCAUCUCAAAAGAACACCCAGAAUCCGAACUAUCCAAUUUGAACCCUGUUUUAAUAUCUAGAAUCAGUUUACUUUCUUUACUCUAUAUUUUUUUGCACUCGCUGUUAGUUAGUUUUUUUUAAUCACCCGAAAACAAUUUAUACGGAAAGAUUACCAUGACUUGUGCUAGCCUGUGAUCACGGACUGUAUUUAAAACUUCCUUUUUGUCACUCCUUGAGAGACGAUACUCGUGGUCUGGUUAUUCUACGGAUUAACCAACUACGUUUUACUCACUAAAAAAAUUUCUCCGAUCAAAUGGCGCCGUUGUCGGGGAGUGGCACGGUUGUUUGUUAAGUACUUUCUGUGGAAUAGGUAAAAGUAAGUCGGUGAGACUUUCUAUUUCUUUUCUGUUAUUUGUCUUUGUUUUUGGUGUUCUUUGCACGUGAACUAAGCUGCAGGAACCAGUGCAUGCACACUCGCUCCUUGGGGGAACAAGAUUUAAUUGCAGGUUAUUCGGAUCCUGAACGCUUAUUCCGAGGAAGAGCUAAAAGGCGGUUGCAAGAAGACUUGAACAAAAUGGCCGAUGAGACAACUCUGGAGAAGUUGACGCCUAACUAUGUGGCGAGAAAUAGCAUUGAUGCACCCACCAUUGAGGCCAACAAUUUUGAAAUCAAGCCGGCCAUGAUGCAGAUGCUUGCUAAUAAUCCAUUCUGCGGAUACACCCAUGAAGAUCCAAUGGAGCAUAUUGAGAGCUUUAUUCAGACAUGUGCCACAUUCAAAUACAAUGGGGUAUCCAGCGAGGCAGUGAGGUUGACCUUAUUUCCAUUCUCGUUGAGAGACAAGGCAUCGCGGUGGCUCCGUAGCUUUCCAAACGGGCAUUUUGAUACAUGGGAGAAGCUUCAUCAGGCAUUUAUGCAGGAGUACUUUCCUCCCUCUGCCGCUAUCAAAGUUCAGACAGAAAUUCUCAACUUCACUCAAGCUCCGACCGAGACUUUCAGUGAAGCAUGGGAUAGGCUGAAGACGCUGAGAAGGAAGUGUCCAGAAACAUUCAUUAAUUCAGCAACAAUUAAGUGCAGAUUUUAUAAUGGUCUUCGGCUGGAGUAUAUGAGAGAACUAGACCGGGCAUCUCAGGGGGGUAUGUUUCUAAAAUUGUCCCCACAGGAAGAAGAGCAGAUAAUAGAGAAUUUGGCUUCAAAUGAUAAAUAUUGGUACGCGGGUAAGGAGAGAGCUCAAAAUCCACCUGGUCUGCUCAAUUUAGAUUCCAUCACUGCACUCACAUCGAAGAUCGAGGGACUGGCAGUGGAUGUCAAAGACUUGAAGGCACAGACCUCUCAGCAGCAACAUGUUCACAAUAUUGGGACAUAUCAGCCCUCUUAUCCUAUGAAUUCUACCCCACUUCCAGUUCGAGCAAGUUAUCCAAGUCCAACUGGCCAAGAACUAGCUUUAUCUUGCGAAAUGUGCAUGGGAGCUCACCUCACUCACACCUUCCCUCUUUAUGUUCAUAAUCAGGCAGCUCCAGUGGUCCGUGAUGUGAAUUUCAUGGAAUACGGUCAAGGCCAGAGAGCUGGUGGGCAGUUUUUCAACAAUCAAGUUCAGAGAGGAAACUUUGAGCAAGGAGGAGGCUCGUGGAGAUCUGAAAAUCAGAAUCAGGGGCAGCGGAAUGCUCCCAAUUACCAAACAAAUUUCCAGAAUAGAGGCAAUUCAAAUCAGCCCGCUUAUGUCCCGCCUCACCAAAGACAGCUUGAACCACCUCCGAUAAAUGCAGCGCUAGAGAAAACAAUGGCUGAAUUAGCCAAAAAUCAAGCGGAGAUGCACCAGCGUUUCAGCAAUCUAGAAGCUCUUAUCCGCCAGCUUGGUUCAGUUGCUCCUAGAGAACCGGGCAGCCUUCCGAGUUAAAAAGAACCCAAUCCAAGGGAGCAAGUGCAGGCCGUUACACUACGCAGCGGGAAGACCCUUACAGAAGUUAAUACUCCACCAUUGCCUCAACAAAAUGAUGACCAGCGGCAUCAAGACCCGAAAUCCCAGGAGGUUGAAGAAGAACCAGUGGCUGUCCCUAUUCCUUCCAAGAGUAAUGAAGCUCAGAAAGAAGAUUCUCUGAAGAAAGAGAAGAGUAAGAUGACUCCACCUCUCCCGUUCCCUACACGGGUGAAGAGAAGCAGUGAUAACACGAACCUGAUUAGAUUAAUGGAGCAUCUGAAGCAGCUUCAUAUUAAUGUCCCAUUCAUAGAAGCUUUGACGGAGAUGCCGAGAUACGCAAAAUUUCUGAAGGAUCUCCUCACGAAAAAGAGGAGGUGGGAAGAGCCGGAAGCGGUGGAUCUUAAUGCGGAAUGUUCAGCAGUUUUUCUGAAGACUAUGCCUCUGAAGCUAGAAGACCAAGGGAGUUUUACUGUACCUUGUUCUAUUGAAAAUUUUAUGUUUAAUAAUGCUUUAGCUGAUUUAGGAGCUAGCAUCAACCUGAUGCCUUCCUCUGUGGUCAUGAAACUUGGCUUGGGUGAACUAAAGCCCACUCAUAUGAGCCUUCAGCUAGCGGACCGAUCAGUGAAAUACCCGAAAGGAAUUCUAGAGGAUGUAUUAGUACGAGUGGACAAGUUCAUAUUCCUUGUCGAUUUUGUGGUCAUGGACAUGGAGGAAGAUCGUGAGACUCCACUUGUUUUAGGGAGGCCCUUCUGGCUACUGCUAGGGCCCUUGUCAAUGUUGCUGUUGGUUCACUUUCUCUGAGAGUUGGGGACGAUGUGUGCACUUUUAAACUCUCAGAGGUGAUGAGUAAGGCCUCAGACCCUGCUGAAUCAUGCCAUUAUCUUGAUAUGUUUGAGUCAGUGGAGGGGUAUUUAUUUGAAGGCGAUAGUGAUAUUACCCCACCUGUUAGUAACAUUCAUUACGUGGGGGAUAUGGUGGCUGAAAAUGAAGAAGAAAUGACUCUUGAUUGCGAGCAGGUGAUUAGGAAUGAUGAUUUCCCUACGUUGCUUACUGAGUUUGAGGAGCAGCCCACCGAUAAGGUUACUCCUGAACUCAAACCGCUCCCUAGUCACCUGGAGUAUGCAUUUUUAGACACACAGGGCCAACACCAUGUCAUUAUUUCAGCCCAGUUAGAGUCGGGACAGAAGGAAAAAUUGAUGGAUGUCCUUAGGUGUCACAAGCAUGUCAUUGCGCGUAAGCUUGAGGAUCUUCGUGGGAUUAGCCCAACCUUCUAUACCCACAAAAUCAAGUGUGAGGAGGGGUAUAAACCAGUCGUGCAACCGCAACGACGUUUAAACCCCCAAGAUGAUGGAAAUGGAAAGGCAGAAGUCCUGAGGCUUUUGGAUGUGGGUAUAAUUUACUCAAUUUCAGAUAGCCAAUGGGUUAGCCCUACUCACGUGGUCCCCAAGAAGGGGGGUAUGACGGUGAUUCAGAAUGAGAAGGGGGAACUCCUACCAAGUAGGACGGUGACCGGGUGGUGGAUGGUCGUCGAUUACCGUAAACUAAAUGAAGCCACUCGAAAGGAUCAUUUUCCCUUACCUUUUAUUGAUCAGUUGAUUGAGAGUUUGGCAGGGCAUGUUUAUUAUUGUUUCCUUGACGGGAUGAGCGGGUACUUUCAAAUACACGUUGAUCCCGUUGACCAGGAAAAGACCACUUUUACUUGCCCAUUUGGGACAUUUGCAUUUCGUAGGAUGUCUUUUGGUCUAUGCAAUGCCCCUGCCACAUUUAUGCGUUGCAUGAUUGCUAUCUUUGAGAAGUUUAUUGGUGAUUUUAUGGAGGUCUUUAUGGAUGACUUCUCUAUUUUUGGGGAGUCAUUUGAUGAAUGCCUCCAUAAUUUAGAGAAAGUGUUGAUUAGGUGUGAGGAGACCCACUUAGCCUUGAGUUGGGAAAAGUGUCACUUCAUGGUCAAGGAGGGUAUUGUGCUAGGUCAUAAGGUGUCAUCUAAGGGUAUUGAGGUUGACAAGGCGAAAAUCGAGGCCAUUGAGAAACUCCCGCCUCCAACGACCGUAAAGGUUGUCCGUAGUUUUCUUGGGCAUGCCGGCUUCUACCGUCGCUUUAUUCAGGAUUUCUCAAAAAAUAGCCAAACCUCUCACCCGUUUGCUUGAGAAAGAUGCUGAUUUUUUGUUUGAUGAUGAAUGUUUGCUUGCUUUUAAGUGUUUGAAACUUAAGUUGAUGGAAGCUCCAGUUUUAGUUGCUCCAGAUUGGGAAAUCCCUUUUGAGCUAAUGUGCGAUGCUAGCGAUCAGGUGGUCGGGGCCAUUCUUGGCCAACGGAAGGAUAAUCACUUCCGCCCCAUCUAUUACGCUAGCAAAACCUUAGCGGGACCCCAAUUGAAUUAUACCACUACAGAGAAAGAGCUUCUAGCUAUCGUGUAUGCUUUGGAGAAGUUUAUGUCGUAUAUUAUUUUAUCUGAAGUAAUUAUCUACACCAAUCAUUCAGCGUUGAGAUAUUUAUUUCAGAAGCACGACUCUAAACCUAGACUUCUCCGUUGGAUUUUGUUGUUGCAGGAAUUUAACAUAGAGAUUAGGGACCGGAGGGGUUCCACCAAUCAAGCAGCUGAUCAUUUAUCACGAUUAGAUGUUGACUUGGUAGACUCUUUCGGUAAUGAUGUUAUUGAAGAACUUUUUCCUGAUGAACGUCUUUUGCAGGUUGAGAUUGGAUCUGAGGUACCCUGGUAUGCAGACAUAGCUAACUACUUAGUAGGCAAUGUUGAGCCAACCGGGCUAUCUCGACACAUGUCAAAAAAGUUUCUGUCUGAUGCUAAGUAUUAUUUCUGGGAUGAUCCUUAUUUGUUCAGGAUUUGUGCUGACCAAGUUGUACGAAGGUGUAUUCCUGAGGGUGAAAUGAAUGAGAUUCUUUACCAUUGUCAUGCUGGCCCCACUGGGGGCAUUUUUCUGGUAAUAGGACAGCAAGAAGAGUGUUAGAGUGUGGGUAUUACUGGCCCACAUUGUUCAAAGACGCAAAUUCUUAUGUUGCCUCAUGCGAUAAGUGUCAAAGGGUAGGAAAUAUUUCUAAACGAUAUGAGAUGUCCCAGACAUAUCUAUUGCCUUGUGAAGUUUUUGAUGUCUGGGGGAUUGAUUUUGUAGGCCCAUUCCCUAGCUCAAGAGGCAAUAAAUUUAUUUUAGUCGCUAUUGAUUAUGUGUCGAAGUGGGUAGAGGCUAUUGCGAGUUCUACUAAUGAUGCUAGAGUGGUUGUGCGUUUUGUAAAAAAAUUGUUUUCUAGGUUUAGAGUCCCCAAAGUUUUGAUUAGUGAUCGAGGAAGCCAUUUUCGUAAUGAUCCGCUAGCUCGUGUUUUGUCUAAAUAUGGGGUUCAACAUCGGCAAGGAGUAGCCUAUCACCCCCAAACUCAGGGGCAAGUAGAGAAUGCAAAUCGGGAUCUUAAGGCUAUCCUAGAAAAAACUGUAGCGCAAACUCGUAAGGAUUGGUCAGAAAAAUUAGAUGACGCGUUAUGGGCUUUUAGGACAGCUUAUAAGACUCCGAUUGGUACUACUCCUUUUCGAUUAGUUUAUGGGAAGUCUUGUCAUUUACCUGUGGAGGUAGAGCAUUUGGCACUCUGGGCUUUAAGAACUGUUUGUCUUGAUUCAUCUAGUGCAGGUAAGGAGCGGUUCUUUCAGGUGAAUGAAUUGGAUGAGUGGAGGGCUCAGGCCUUUCAUAAUUCAUACUUAUACAAAGAGAGAGUAAAGUAAGCUCAUGACAAGCACAUUAAGGCAGACCUCCAGUUUGCAGAGGGGGAGAAGGUGUUGUUGUAUAAUUCAAGGUUGAGACUUUUUCCUGGGAAGCUGAAGUCCCGAUGGACGGGACCAUACACUGUACGUCGAGUUUAUCCCUAUGGAAGCGUGGAGAUUGAGCAUAAUGACGACCGGGUUGUCAAGGUCAAUGGCAACCAACUCAAGCACUAUUUUGGGGGAAUGUUUGAAAAGCAGGAGGUUUUAAGCCUCGAACCCGUCUUUGAAUGAGAUUUUAUCGUCAAGCUAGUGACGUUAAAGAAGCGCUUCUGGGAGGCAACCCACCAAAAAAAAUAGGAGUUUAGUAUCUCUUGUUUAUGCAUUUUUUGUCUUUGUUUUUGUGUUUUCAUCUCGGAGUUGUGCGGUUGGAUUUCUUUGCCUUGAAUUGUAGGUGUGGCAUGGGAGUUCAUGAAUUGAUUUUGGAAAAAUUGCAGCCCCAUGUAAAUGGGGUUAUUCAGAGCUACACGCUGCAAUUUACUUCACAGCAGGCAAGAUAGUGAUAUUUGAACUGGGAUUCAACUUCAGACACUUGUAGGGACAAUGAUUUGAGAGAUACGCGUGCUGGAGGAACAGGGUCUCUGGACAGAGACUUGAAUCAUCACAGUGUCGAAGAGAGGAUGCAACAACCAGCACAAUCAUCAGGGUGGCGCCUGGAUUUCUAUGACUCGGCGUAUGAGCGAACAGAUGAGUUCCAGCACCUACUUUCCCAACUAAUUUGGGCUAAAAGCCUUCUGGGAAUGUCAUUCUACACACGAUUCAGAGUUUGAUGCUCAUAGGAGUUCUAACAGACAGUAAAUCAGGCUGCCUUAACGUGUUUCUUCAUGGGAAAUAAUCUCCAUAGUAACAGCCAGAUUGCGAGCAAGGUGCUACCAUGUUUCAUUUUCUCCUCUUGCAGCUGAUUUGAGCGUGUCGCAAUGGACAUGUCAGUGCCUAUGAGAGAGUUUAUACUUUACAAAUUCACCGGGCAGCGAUCCAAACUUAUCAGGGAGUUGAGAGACUUCCAGAUGCAUCACGAGACAGUCAUGUGCACACUACCUAGAUUCCUCACCACCAGAGAGGAGGAGCUAUAAGAUGCAGAGAUUUGAAGUUAUUCGGGAGGUUAUUCACCGUCGUUUGGCUUGCACGGUAUUCUGUCAACUCUUUCUACGCUGCUAAUAAUGUUUGUUUAUUGUCUUAUUACUCCUUUGUUGAGUUGUGUUGAUUAUUAUUCUGAUUAUGAUGUGUUGCCGGGCUGAAAACCAUUGUAUUCUUUAACUUGCCCCCGUUAUUUUUUUUAAUCUUUUCUUUGACCUCGAGGGCGAUGUCACCCCUAAGUGUGGGGAGGUUUGGUUUUAGCUUGGACAUGACAUUUGGUGAUGAAGUUAUUCUGUCUGAAAACAUUUUGAGGUGCACGAGGUUCUUUUUUCUAGUUUAGCAACGCAACAGAGGUAACUUGUUAAUCUUUAUUUUCUUUUGUAAUCUUCCGUCUCCUCCAUCUUUCUUGGAAAGAAUUAGUAAUGGUGUAAUCAUCGGGGUGGUGUGUAUAUUAUUGGGAAUGUUGGCAUGUUAGAUGGUUUGAUUUGUGUUGAUUAAAUUCGGUUUUACUCGUGAUUCACUAGUUCGUCAUAAGUAAUUGCUUGACUGGCCAGGUGUUGAAAAUCCUUACUCCGUAAGGAGCUCUGCUUUCUAAGCAUAUCGGGAUAAAUUCAUGCUAAGCAAGCAACUGAUUCUUGUUAUGGGGUUACACUUCGUGUGUCGAGAAUUUCAUCUCCGAAAAGGGGCUCUACUCAUCUCGCGAAUCACUCUGUGUGAGAGUUGAGUAUGCAUAGAAUAAUCUAAUCUUUUGCGGGUCAUUUAUUAACUAAUUAACUCUAACUAAUUAUUUUGGGGAGCAUGGUUGAGUGAGAGAGAUUAUUUGACAUGAUUAAUUGAUAGAAUAAUCUGAGAUCAAAAUAUGAAACCGGAUUAUUUUGAGAUUAUUUGUGAAGUUAGAGUUAAUUAGUUAAUAAAUGACCCGCAAAAGAUUAGAUUAUUUCGGGAUGAUGGUUGAAGGUAAUUUAGAGGGGACAAGAUUAUUUCUAAAACAAUUAUGUGGCAAAUAUUAAAAGGUAAGAAUCACAAAAAAUCAGAUUAUGUUAGAAGCAUGAGUGUGGAUGCUCUAAGGCGUUGUUCUAUAUUUGAUUAAUAGUAAG